AUGAAUUUAACAAGCACUUUUAAAAGAAAUAAAAGAAAAAGCAAUGAGGGAAUAAGUCAUGAUAUUACAAAAAAAUUAAAACACUGUAAUAUGUUGAAACCAUUAUUAACCAUUCAACGUGAUGAACUUAUUGCAUCUUCGCUAUUUGCGAAGGGUCUAUGCAAAGAUGAAAAAAUAAGCGAAAAAAUAAGCGAAAAAAUAAGCGAAAAAAUAAGCGAAAAAAUAAGCGAAAAAAUAAGCGAAAAAAUAAGCGAAAAAAUAAGCGAAAAAAUAAACGAAAAAAUAAAUGGAAAAAAUGACAAGAUGGGCACUGAUAAAAAUGACUUAAAUUUUAAUCUUUAUGAAUCACGAGAUUUUGGAUAUAUAUGUUUGGAAAGUGUUAAAAAUGAAAGUGUUAAAAAUGAUAAUUCUACAAAACCAAGACAAAACAAUUUUAACAAUAAUGAAGAUAUGUGUAGAAUGAAAAGGUUGCCAAAAAUGGGAAAAUCGGGGAAAAAAAGUGAAAAAAAAAAAAAAUCAAAAAAAAAAUAUAAAAAUAAUCAUAACACAAGUUGUGAAAGCAAUUAUAGUAGCAGCAAUGAAAGAAAAGAAAUAAAAUUUGAAACACAAAAUUAUAAUACUGAAUAUUUAUGGGAAGGGUUAUUAAAAAAAGAUGUAGUACUUUUAUUAAUUCAGGCAAUUAAAAAUAUGGGUUAUAAAAAAUCGGCAAAAAUUUUAGAAUCAGAAAGUGGAAUAGAAUUAGAACAGCCAUUAAUAAAAGAUUUACACAAAAAUAUAUUAAAAGGAAAUUGGGGAAAUAGUAUAAAUAAUUUAAAAAAAUUAAAUAUAAAUAAAAAAUUAAUGAAAGCAAUUAAAUUUUUAAUAUAUGAACAAUCUUUUAUUGAAUAUUUAAAUCAAGGAAAAUAUUUUUCUGCUUUAAGAUGUUUAAGGAAUAAAUUAAGAAAAGCAUGUUUUGAUGAGGAUACAUAUAAAAGAUUACAUGAGUGUACAACAUUUUUUAUGUUUCAAAAUUUAGAAAAUAAAAAUAAUAUAAUUAAUAAUACUCAAUUUUAUUAUAUAAAUGAUAAUAUAAAACUUAGAAAUUCACGUAAAAUAUUGUUUGAUAAAAUUAAUAGAUUAUUACCUGAACAUAUAUUAAUCCCUCCUAGACGGCUAGCUAUUUUAUUACACCAAUCGCUUAAAUAUCAAAUUGAUAACUGUUUAUUUCAUAAUCAUUUUUCAGAUUUAAAAUUAACUAAGAAUAUGGAAUAUAAUAAAAUUUUGCGUAAAUCAUGUUUUAGUAAUAUCAAUUUUGAUCAUCAUAAAAAUGAACAAGAAAAUAAAAUAGACGAUAUAAUUUUUAAGGAUAAUGAAAAAAAAAAAAAAAAUUUAUAUAAUAAUUAUUUUUUUAGACAUAAAUAUUGCAAAUAUAAUAAUUCUUGUGAAACAAAACCAUCACAAUAUAAUUACACAGAUAAUGAAUCAUCUUUAUGUAUAAGUACUCUAAAUAUUAAUAAUAUAGAAAAAUUAAAAACAAAUAACGAUAUACAAAAUGGUCAGCAUACUUAUAUAAAUUAUUCUAUUGAAUAUCCUCAAACUGUAGAAAGCAAUUCAAUUAAUUAUGUGAGCACUAAUAUUCCAGAUUCUCCAGAAAAAGUCCAAGAUGCAUAUUUGAACAUAAUUAGUAAUGCACCGACUCUUCAACUUCUAAAGCUAAGCGAUGGAAAAUGCCAGGGCGGAGUCGGGCCAGAUAUAGAAAAGGGUGCAAAAAAUGGCGAAAAAAAUGCCGAAAAAAAUGCCGAAAAAAAUAGCGAAAAAAAUGGCGAAAAAAAUGGCGAACACAAUGGCGAACACAAUGCCGAGCACAAUGCCGAACACAAUGCCGAGCACAAUGCAAUAGCAUCAAAUUUAGUAAAUCAUUCUUUGUCAAAUAACAUUGAGGAUGUAGAAAAAGAAGAAACAAAUUCCAACGAAAAUCAAAUACUUGAGUUAAAUAAAAAAUAUAAUUGUAGUUGUGAAAUUAAAAAAAUACAAUGUGAUUGCAUAACAUUUGGUGAUAAUAAUGCUAAAAUAUGUCAAAAUGGUAAUAAUACAAUUUUAUAUAAUGAAACUAAAGAAAUUUCAAGUUUCACAGAGUUAGAACAAAAUGGAAAUUUAAAAAAUGAUAAAAUAAAUUUAAAAAAUAGUAAAAUAAAUUUAAAAAAUAGUAAAAUAAGUUUAAAAAAUAGUAAAAUAAGUUUAAAAAAUAGUAAAAUAAGUUUAAAAAAUAGUAAAAUAAAUUUAAAAAAUAAUAAAAUAAAUUUACUAAAUAAUUAUAAUAAAAAAUAUAUAGAUAAAAUAAGUUGUUGCACUCAUUUAUCUCUACUAAAAAAUCAUGAAUGUAAAAAAAUAAAGCUUCCUUAUUAUUGCAUCAAAGUUUUACAAGGACAUACAGAUGAAGUAUGGUAUGUUAGCGUAUCUUUAGAUGGAAAAUAUAUUGCAUCUUCAAGUAAAGAUAAGAGUAUAUUUUUAUGGAAAGGAACAUACCCAUUUAAUAAAUUAAGAGAAUGGAAUGGACAUUUAGAUGGAGUUAGUUACAUCUGUUGGAGUUAUAAUAACAAAUAUUUAGCUUCGGGUUCUAAUGAUUCUAAUAUAAUUAUUUGGAGCCCUAAAAGUAAUAAAAAAAAAUUAUGUCUAACUAUGCAUAGUGGACCUAUUACAUCUGUAUGUUGGACAAAAAAUAAUUCUACUAUUAUAUCAUCGGCAUUUGAUAAAAAAAUAUAUUGCACUAAAAUAAAUAUAGAAUUAAAAAGUUUCUCAAUUUUAUAUGCUUGGUCAUUUAGUACAAGAAUACAAAAUUUUGUUUUUACUAAAAAUGAAAAAUAUCUAAUUGUUGUUCCAGCAGAUAAAAAUGUUAGAAUUAUUGAUUUUAGUAUGAAAAAGGAAUUAUAUAUUUUACCUGAAAAUGAUACUAUAACAUCUUUAUGUGCAUCAAACUUGUAUAAUCAUGUAUUAGUUAAUAUAUCAGAUCAAAAGCCUAUUAUAAAAUUGUGGGAUAUUAAAUAUAGAUAUAUCAUUCAAAGCUAUAGAGGACACAAACAAGGACGAUUUAUUCUACAUUCUACUUUUGGUGGAAAGAAUGAAGAUUAUGUUAUUAGUGGUAGUGAAGAUAGUCUAAUAUAUAUAUGGCAUAGAACAAAAGGAUAUUUAUUAGAUGUUAUUAAUGGCCAUGCAUCAAAUGUAAACAUAGCAAUAUGGCCUCUUGCUUUCUCUAAAUUUCCAUAUAUGAUAUCCGCUUCUGAUGAUCACACUAUAAUGAUUUGGAAUACACAUCCAAAAAUUAAUAAAUCUAAAAAACAUAUAUAUAUGGAACGAGAAAAAAAAAGAAAUGCCGAAAAGGAAAAAAAAAAAUCAAAAAAAAAUAUUUUUCACCAUCCGUUUUUGAGGGAACUAGCCAAGUUAAGUGGCAUGGAUGUUCAAAUUCUCUCACCAAAUGAUUCUCAUAUGUUUUAA